AUGCUGGCGCUCAACAUUAUACUAUAUGCCCUCUUGGGCACAUCGCUGGUCUUUGCCAUCGUCGAACUGGGUCUCUCGGCUUAUGUUACCUCCAUAUCUUCCGGCACGGUAUCAAAUGGCUACUAUUACUAUGACGUGGACCCUCCAGCCAUUGUUAUCUUCCUUGUCUUUUCUUCAGUCUGGACCAUCCUCGUCACUAUCGCGGCCCUGGUACUGCCCUGGCACUAUGGUCGUAAGGGCUUGGUGAGCGCGAAGCUCAACACGGUCCUCGCCGCCAUUUUUGUGGCCGUGUACUUUGUGACAAUGGUAUUCUGGUUGGCGUGUUUCGCCGAUCUCGCGAAUAUAGUCAGUGGCUAUACCAAUAUCGACCCGUACUAUAGUGCCGUGCUGGCCUUCGGCGUGCUUCUCUGGCUACUUUUCCUCGCCCUCGUUGUCUUGACCAUUCUUGCAAUGUGUGGUGUCUUGGUCUCGGACUGGGCCGGGUAUCAUUCUCUCAGGAAGAACAAGGAAGUUGGGGCAACCCAGACCGCUGGGCCUGCUCAAGAUGUCCAAAUGAGUAUGCCCACUGUGGUUCCAUCGGAUUUGUCAUCUAGCGAUGCUAAGGCUCUACAUAACCAGCCGAACACCCAGUCGUUUAGCCCUUCCGAGCCUUCACCCAUCCACAGUGCCGAAUUGAGCGGCAAUAGCGUCCACCAUGAUCAUCGCACAGGCCCGCUUGAGAUCAGCCCGGUCUGA